AUGGCCGUCGCCGCGCCCGCCGCCCGCUGGGCCAGAGCCGCCGCCGUAGCGGCGUUGCUCCUGGGGUGCUGCGGCGCGGUGCUCGCCAGCGGCAUCCAGGAUCAAGCAGAACAGUUCUUCAAAAGCGGGCAUACAAAUAACUGGGCAGUUCUGGUAUGUACGUCUCGAUUCUGGUUUAAUUACCGUCAUGUGGCAAACACUCUUUCAGUAUACAGAAGUGUCAAGAGAUUGGGCAUUCCUGACAGUCACAUUGUCCUGAUGCUGGCAGAUGAUAUGGCAUGUAAUCCCAGGAAUCCUAAACCAGCUACUGUGUUUAGUCAUAAAAACAUGGAGCUAAAUGUCUAUGGAGAUGAUGUAGAAGUGGAUUACAGAAGCUAUGAGGUUACUGUGGAAAAUUUCUUGCGUGUGUUAACAGGAAGAAUCCCACCAAGCACUCCACGAUCUAAACGUCUUCUUUCUGAUGACAGAAGCAAUAUUCUCAUAUAUAUGACGGGCCAUGGUGGGAAUGGUUUCCUAAAAUUUCAAGAUUCUGAAGAAAUCACAAAUGUAGAACUUGCUGAUGCCUUUGAACAAAUGUGGCAGAAAAGAAGGUACAAUGAAUUGUUGUUUAUCAUUGAUACUUGUCAAGGAGCAUCCAUGUAUGAACGAUUUUAUUCACCUAAUAUAAUUGCCUUGGCUAGCAGCCAAGUAGGAGAAGAUUCGUUAUCACAUCAACCUGAUCUUGGGAUUGGUGUUCAUCUUAUGGACAGAUACACUUUUUACAUGCUGGAAUUCUUGGAAGAAGUUCAUCCAGCCAGUCAGACAAAUAUGAAUGACCUUUUUCAGGUCUGUCCAAAAAGUUUGUGUGUUUCAACUCCUGGGCAUCGAACUGAUCUCUUCCAGCGAGACCCUCAAAAUGUUCUGAUAACAGACUUCUUUGGCAGCGUAAGAAAAGUGGAAAUUACUACAGAGACAAUUGCUUUGGACCGUAAUUUAGCUGGCUUUGAAAGCAAGCUGCCAAAGGAUGUGUUGGCAACAGAACCACUUAAAUAUGCUGAUCAGCUUCCGGUGGCUCAGAUAAUACACCAGAAGCCAAAACCAAAGGACUGGCAUCCUCCUGGAGGAUUUAUUCUAGGACUGUGGGCACUGAUUAUCAUGGUUUUCUUCAAGACAUACGGAAUCAAACACAUGAAGCACAUCUUCUGAAUUUGAGCAAGCAAGACGAUUGCGUUGGCUGCUACUUUGGAUUCACUGGUGUCAUCUGAGUUCUCUUUAUGUAUAUUAUGGUUAUAGUGAAAAACAGAGUUGGCAUCUCACUUCUAAGUGUUCUUUCCUGCUCUGUUAAAUACAACCCUUAGGUCAGUCCUUACACACUAGACAAGUUUGGAUUUAGGAUUCUGAGUUGGUACAAGUGAAACAAAAAUAUGAUUACCUCACUGAAUCUACUUAAAAGAUAUACCAAAAAGAGUGAAACUAUGAGAACACCAUGUCCACCAAGAGCAUGUCAUAGAUGUCAUCUUUUUACUCCACGUGAUCUGGAUUUGGACGUUUUGGGGUUUUCAGUGCACUGGAUUUUUGCAUAAAGCAAAACUGUGACUCUAGGAUCAGGAUGGAAAAUGUUAUAAGUAGUAUUAUUGUAUCCAGUAAUUUCUGAGCACUUGGAAGAUGAGAUUUAUAAUUUAGGUUUUGUAAAUUCUGUUCAGGCAUAUUGAUUUGUUCUUCUUGGACAUGUAAUGAUGAAUGCAUGCUAACUGUGUUUUGGCUGGGUAAUACACAGAUACUAAUAAAGAGAAGAGCAAAUUUCUGCAUGUAUAAAAACAGUAAGUGCCAACUAGGUGAUACUCUUGCAGAAUGCUUUUGGAAUCUCUUCUCUCCCCUAAUCAUAAUAAAGCUGAUGCAUACAUGGUUUAAAGUUA